CAGUACUCAUUAACUUUUUAUUUCUGUUUGUAGAGAUGCCCUCCGAGCUCUGGAACUAAAGAAAGAACCAGUAGUUGAGUCUAUGCAGGCAACUACCACUCCCCAACCUGAGAAGAUUCCUUCUGUGCCUCAGCCAACACCUGCCCCAUCAACGUCUCGCCCUGCCAUUCCUCCAAUGUCCAUACCUGGGAAGCCCCUUGCAACGGGCACAUUUUCUGAAAUACCAACCAGCAACAUUCGAAAGGUUAUUGCCAAGAGGUUAACGGAAUCAAAAUCUACCAUUCCUCACUCCUAUGCCAGCACGGACUGUGACCUUGGAGCUGUGCUCAAACUUCGAAAGGAGCUGGCGAAAGAUGACAUUAAAGUUUCUGUCAAUGAUUUCAUCAAAGCCACAGCUGUGACUAUAAAG